AUGGCUCAACCAGAUCGCAGUGCGAUACAAGAUGACACUUUCAAGCUUUAUGACCUCCGCGUUGAAGUUAUCUGCCCUGAUGGUGAACGCGUUCUUUGUGGCGCCAAAGUUGGAGAUCAUUUCACUCUUGAGGGCGAGAUGCUAUACCUACCUCCUCAUCAGGGGAUAAGCAUCUACAGUCUUGCUGCAGUUUUGCCACUUCUUGCCGCGAAGCAGAGGAUGACCGACGCCAAGGAUUGGAUGAGCACCGACGCUUUGAUUGCAUGUCCAGACCCAAACUGCAAAUCCCAACUGAAGAUCAUCCGGACCGGGAUCCGAACAUUUAGUCAUGCGGAAACGACUGUAGUGGGACUGGAAGGGAACUCAUGA